AGCAGCGAGGUUCCACCCUACGUCACGAGGAGCAAAACCUACAGAGAGACGCAAAUCUCCUCUCCUGCAAGCUGCGCAUUAAAUACCCGAGUCCACACACAGAUGGAUUUUUAGAGGCAGACCUCAAUGCGGACGGAACGACAUGCACUGUCUGAUAUUUCAAUCCCUUCGAUACAACAUGAGAUCAACAGUCUAAAGUUUCAUAUUUUCAUCGUUUGUGUUGAUACAUCCCCAGAUAAACAAUCAUCAUGCCGGAGCAGAGCAACGACUAUCGCGUGGUGGUGUUCGGCGCCGGAGGUGUGGGGAAGAGCUCCCUGGUUCUCCGCUUCGUCAAGGGGACCUUCCGCGACAGCUACAUCCCCACCGUGGAGGACACGUACAGACAGGUGAUUAGCUGCGACAAGAGCAUCUGCACACUACAGAUCACAGACACCACGGGCAGCCACCAGUUCCCCGCCAUGCAGCGUCUGUCCAUCUCCAAGGGCCACGCCUUCAUCCUGGUCUACUCCGUCACCAGCCGCCAGUCCCUGGAGGAGCUCAAGCCCAUCUACGAGCAGGUUUGUCAGAUCAAGGGUGAACUGGAGACGUGUCCCAUCAUGCUGGUGGGCAACAAGUGUGACGAGACAUCGGCGCGCGAGGUGGAGACCUCGGACGGGGAGGCCACGUCCAAGAAGUGGAAGUGCGCCUUCAUGGAGACGUCGGCCAAGACCAACCACAACGUCAAGGAGCUCUUCCAGGAGCUGCUCAACCUGGAGAAGCGCAGGACUGUCAGCCUCCAGAUCGAUGGCAAAUCAAAGCAGCAGAAACGUGCAGAGAAGCUCAAGGGCAAGUGUGUGGUCAUGUGAGGUGGACAUAAGGAGAAGGAGGAGGUGGAAGAGGCCCGGAAAAAUCUCAAAAGGACGAAGGGCAAGGAGCGAGGGAGAAACAAGGUUUGGAGGGGGUUCGGACUCUUGCCAUGGGGCAGACUGUGCAACGUAAGACACACUCUUCCAGACAAGCUAAAAUACCUGGAAGUUUACACCCAACGGAAAGAGAGAAACAAGGGUAUGCCUACUCCACUAAGAUGUAUUCAGCCUGACUCAUUGUCACAUCCAACAGCCAAUCAAACAGAGCGGAAGAGACCCCGUGAAGAAGAUUUCUCAUUUUAAGCCACAUACACAAAGAGACGCUUUGAAUGAAAUCAUACUAAUUCCAAGUUUGCAACCAAGGUGAUUCUUUAAUUUAACCUACUGCAGAAUUGCACCCGUUCAAGGUCUCAACACUAAUCAGCACCAGUGCUUGGCAACCUUCCCCUAACCCCCAGAGACCCCUAACCUCCACCUAAACCCCAGAGACGGACAGAGCCGAGCUAAACAGAGGCAGUCCGGGAGAUGCAUGGAUCCCAUAGCUGACAUUUUAGAAACCACUAGAUUUUUAAGUCUGCAAAACAUUGACGGGCUGAAAAGACAUUGACAAGGAGCAAAAUGGUGACCUGGAAAUUGAUGUUUUAGAAUGCAAACCAACUCAUAUUUUGCUCCCAAUAUGUUUUUAUUUUAUUUAAAAAUGUUAUUGCUAUACAGGAGCAAUAUUCUUAGGAGCGGACGUGGCACUUGAGUUAAAGUGGGCAAGCUGUCUGGAAGGUACUUAAACACAAAAUACAAAUGUUGUACUCUGUUGUUUUUUAUUUAUAUUUUUAUAGUUUAGUCUUUUUUUGUGAAGGUUAUAUUUUCUAUUUAAACUGUUCGAACCGCUGCUGAAAAGUUACAGCCAAUGUAUCCCCAAUAUCCCCAAGAUAAAUUAUACAAACAUGGAUUUAUUGUCAGAUCUGUACCAAUGAUGGUGGCAUGACGUGAGCUGAUGAUACAUUUAGAAAUAUUUUGUUUUACUAUUAUUUAUGGUGUUAUUGCCUAUUUGACAAGGAGAACUACAAUUAACUACAAUGGAAAAAGGCACUAUAAACCUUUUUAGAUUGUGUAACAAAGACUAUUCCUUAGAAUUGAGACUGGUUUUGAUCAUAGAUCAUAGUUGUAGAUUGCGUUGCAGUCGAGUUGAUAUACAUUGUUAGUUAUCUUUUGAGAUAUUUUCGAUAGACUUCUAUCAGGGGAAAUGGCAGGGGGAGAUAGGAGCUUCAUAGCAAUAUUACAUAGAUAAACUGUGUGAUUUGUGAGGUUACUUCCUUUGGAGGUAUUGGGUUGCCAUUAAUUUAUUUCCUUGUCACCACCAGAUUUAUUACCAUCAUCAUCCAUUAUAUGCAAAUGUGUAUGUCUUGUGUCAAUAUAGUUAAAGUUUUUUAAAAUUACAUUUCUAUAAUAGGAAUGAUAUUUUACCAUAAAUUGGAGGAAGUCAAUUUAACAUAGGAAAUAAGCAUAGAUUCACUUUUUCAACUAAUCUCAAUUUCAUUGCUCCUAGAAAGCAUGAAGUGUAAACAUCUCUGUGUCGACAAAUUGUUUUACCUUUUUCAAAAUAAGGUACUGUCACAAAAUGGCAGUCAGAGCAAACAUAUAACCCUAUAUAGUGGUAGUUGUGGUAUUGAUCAGUGUGUUACGAUAAAGACAGAACGAGAGUUUUAAAAAAAUAUUAAAAUAUCCCUCACACUGAAAACAAAUGUUUCUAGCUGACUUUAUCCAUUUCAGCAGACCUGUUUCAUGUAAACAAGCUGUACACAUUGAACAUACGUCUGUUUCAUCCACUUUAUUUUGGAGAACCAUACUCAAUAUGUAACAUUGUAUUUUACAUCAUAUUUAUUGUUAAAACCUUUGCAGACAAUUGAAAUGAAAGGAAUGGCAUGUUUGUAUAUAUUUUCAGUAUGGCAGGUGUCGUUACUAUAAGCAGUGCAUUCUGGCUUCAUAGUUAGCUUGUAUUGUUGCACUGGCUAUCUUUGUAUACAGAGCAAGUGAGUAGAGAAACUGUAAGAUAUUGGACAAGUCAAUAAUAUUGUUAAAUCGAGCUAGAUACGUUUAUGCAAAUAGGCUCAUCCAAAGUAACUAGAGGAUGACAGUUCUAAUCCCUUCCUUAAGUAAAUUAAGUGGAUCGUCAGAGUACAGUAAAACAUCAUCAGUGAAGUGUUCCGUGGGUUAGGAAAGUGCUUCAAAGACCAACGCUACAAGAAUUCAAGCCUAUUUUCAGUCGAUUUCAAAGCCAGAAUUAUUGAAUUUCAUACUUACACUGUUUUAAUCAAAUGCCUGUAUAGACAUCAUGUGUGCCUACAUGUUUAUAUUUAAUUGUAUAUAUUGAGUCACAAGAAUAAAGGACAUUAUGCAUUUAA